CCUCGCGCCACGUCCCCGCCCCGGCCCCGCGCCGCGGAGUUGGCUGCUGGGCGGAGUGGCUGGGUGUGGUCGGCGGCUCUAGGCUGGCGGUGCGCUGUGCUCUGCACGCCGGCUCCGCGCUUGAGGGCCAGCAGAGCGCACAGCGGACCCGGCCAGCGCCAGGUCGACGCGGGUCCGAGCUCCCUCCAGUUGCUUUUACUUGGUAAUUCCUGAGGUAAACAGAUUCAAAGGAUGAGUGAACUGGAACAGUUGAGGCAGGAAGCAGAACAACUACGGAAUCAGAUCCAGGAUGCUAGGAAAGCUUGUAAUGAUGCAACACUUGUUCAGAUCACAUCAAAUAUGGACUCCGUGGGUCGGAUACAAAUGCGAACAAGACGUACGCUGAGAGGCCACCUAGCUAAAAUCUAUGCUAUGCAUUGGGGAUAUGAUUCAAGGCUACUAGUAAGUGCUUCCCAAGAUGGAAAAUUAAUUAUUUGGGAUAGCUAUACAACAAAUAAGAUGCAUGCUAUUCCUUUGAGGUCCUCCUGGGUGAUGACCUGUGCUUAUGCCCCUUCUGGUAAUUAUGUUGCUUGUGGCGGCCUGGACAACAUCUGCUCUAUAUAUAACUUAAAAACCAGGGAGGGAAAUGUGAGAGUAAGCCGCGAGUUACCUGGUCACACAGGCUACUUGUCCUGCUGUCGUUUUUUAGAUGACAGCCAAAUUGUUACAAGUUCAGGAGAUACAACUUGUGCUUUGUGGGACAUUGAAACUGCCCAGCAGACCACCACUUUCACUGGCCACUCUGGAGAUGUCAUGAGUCUUUCUCUGAGUCCUGACAUGCGCACUUUUGUUUCUGGUGCUUGUGAUGCCUCUUCCAAAUUAUGGGAUAUUCGAGAUGGGAUGUGUAGACAGUCUUUCACAGGACACGUCUCAGACAUUAAUGCCGUCAGUUUUUUUCCAAAUGGAUAUGCUUUUGCCACUGGCUCUGAUGAUGCUACUUGCCGGCUCUUUGACCUCCGAGCAGACCAAGAGUUAUUGUUGUAUUCGCAUGACAACAUAAUCUGUGGAAUCACUUCUGUAGCUUUCUCAAAAAGUGGACGCCUCCUGCUAGCUGGUUACGAUGACUUUAACUGUAAUGUAUGGGACACGCUGAAAGGAGAUCGUGCAGGUGUCCUCGCUGGUCAUGACAACCGUGUCAGCUGUUUAGGUGUGACUGAUGAUGGCAUGGCUGUGGCAACAGGCUCUUGGGACAGUUUUCUUAGAAUCUGGAAUUAACAGUGUCAUACAUAUUUUCUGUUCUCCAUUGAUAAUCUGGAGAAAUCAAUGCUACAGCCUAUAGCUGUGAAAAAAAUCUACCUUUUAUUUGCAGGUGAAGAUUUUUCUAUUGAGAUUAUUAUAUACAAAAGCAGCUUUCUGUAAACUACAAAAAAAAAAAAAAAAAAAAGGCAAAGGGGGAAAA